AUGGGUAACAAGAUAUUGAAAAAUCUAGAAGAUGAUGACCAUCCUUCUCUUGGCCCUACACUUUAUGGUUUAAAACUUUGGGGUAUGUGGCAACCGAAACGAGGAGUUAGUAGUUUUAUCUAUAAUCUUGUUCAUAUUUCUGCUAUUAUGUUUGUAUUAAGUCAGUACGUAGAAUUGUGGAUUAUAAGAUCAGAUUUGGAAUCAGCGUUAAGAAAUUUAUCAGUGACCAUGCUUAGUUCCGUUUGCGUUGUCAAAGCUGGAACUUUCGUUCUUUGGCAGAAACAUUGGAAAUGUAUCUUCGAUUAUGUUUCUACUUUAGAAAAGAAUGAAAUAAAUAAAAAUGAGGCAAUCACUUGUAGAACAAUAAAAGAGUACAUUGAAUAUUCAAGAAAAAUAACUUAUAUUUAUUGGUGUUUGGUAACUGCGACUGUUUUUGGUGUUAUCUUAGCUCCAUUGGCUAGUUUUAUAUCUUCACCUACUGAUGAAACAACGAAUAAUUGUACCAAAGUUUAUCCUGAAAUAAUGAGUUCAUGGUUACCCUUUGAUAAAACGCAUGGAAUUGGAUAUUUAGCAAUGAUUUUAGAACAAACAAUUAUAUGUUUCUAUGGAGGUGGUAUUGUUGCUAAUUACGAUUCAAAUGCUGUUGUUCUUAUGUCCUUUUUCUUUGGACAACUUAAGUUAUUGAAAUUAAACUGUGAGAGAGCAUUUGAAGAAAAUAGUGGUAUUAAUUCUCAUGAAUAUAUAAAUAAAAUACGUAACUUGCAUAAACAACAUUCAAGCCUGGUCAAAUAUUCCAAGAUCCUUAAUUCUUUACUAUCACCUGUAAUGUUUCUGUAUGUGAUCAUCUGUUCACUUAUGAUUUGUGCCAGUGCCGUUCAAUUAACUACGAGUGGUAUAUCAAGAAUGCAACAAAUUCGUAUAACAGAAUAUUUGUUGGCUUUAAUUGCGCAACUGUUUAUCUAUUGUUGGCACAGUAAUGAAGUGUCACUAAUGAGUUUAAAAGUCGAUGAAGGCGUGUACGCUAGCGCUUGGUGGUCUCAAAAUACUUGCGUAAAACGAAACGUCUUACUUCUCAUGGGCAAAGUUCGGAGGAAUAUUAUUUUUACUGCUGGCCCCUUUACUUCUCUAUCAGUUCCUACUUUUGUUGCUGUUUUAAAAGGAUCAUACAGCUAUUACACUCUUUUAAGUAAGCGAGAAAAUUAACUGUCACACUUCAAAAAGUACAGUUAAACUCU